GUCAAAAUGUGUGUGUGUGUGUUGUGGGGCGACUCGUACCCGGCCCCAACACGCUCCUUGUUGUUCCUUAGCUCCGUGAGAGCCGCCAGGAACCCCAGAGCCAGGAACCAGCAGGCUCCUGCACACGCCACACACACCCCUCUUAGUACAGUAGCUAACAUGAGACUGACACCUAUUUCAUUCACCUCGCUGUAUUAUAUUAACAAUGUUCGACCAAAAAAUGGAAGAAGACCUGCUCGUAGACCCUUCGCGUUCACCGAUGUCCUUCCAAUGUUUCUAAGAGAUCAUGUAUCUGGGAAGAAUGAUAGACAGCAGAAUGUUGCUUGUCUUCAGGAGAUGUCCAUUCUGUUUGCUUGUAUGAAAAAAAAUGAAUUCACUCAAGCAUUUUGCUCAAAAGAAAUUGAAAGCUUUCAAAGUUGUCAUAAGGAGUUCAUGCAUUCACAAAGGAUGAAGAACGCUCAGGAAAGACAAGGGCUUCUCGUACCUGGUGAGAAGAAUCUUUCCCACAAGCAACUUAAUGUACUUUUGAAGAAAUACCCUCAGCCUAAGUAAGCAAUUUGUAUAAAGUAUUGUACAUAUAAAUAGUAUAAAUAAAA